GGAGACCAUCGAAGGGCGGGCGCCGCGUCUCUGGUCCUCGCGGCCGCGGGGCGGAGCGGUGCGGCGCGGCGUUGGUGUGCGGCCACGUGGCGUCCCCAUCCCGGAGGCAGGACAGAGAUUCCUUUGCCAUCAGAUGUCUUUCUGCUUGACUGAACUACACCUGUGGUCUUUGAAGAGUACCUUACACAUUGGGGAUAGAGACAUCGGAGUCUACCAGUAUUAUGACAAGAAAGACCCACCAGCAGCAGAGCAUGGUAACUUAGAAGAGAAGCAAAGGUUGGCAGAAUCACGAGAUUAUCCUUGGACCCUCAAAAACAGACGCCCAGAAAAACUUCGAGACUCACUCAAAGAGUUAGAGGAACUGAUGCAAAACAGUCGGUGUGUGCUGAGCAAAUGGAAGAACAAAUACCUCUGUCAGCUCUUCUUUGGUUCAGGUGUGCUGGUGUCCCUAAGCCUUUCUGGGCCUCAGCUGGAGAAAGUGGUGAUUGACAGAAGCCUGGUGGGGAAGCUCAUCUCAGACACCAUCAGUGAUGCUCUUCUCACAGACAGUUUCAUCAUCUUAUCAUUUUUGGCACAAAACAAACUAUGUUUUAUUCAAUUUAUGAAGAAGAUGGAUUCUCCCGAUAUAAACAAAAGGUUGGAAAAACUCUCAGCCUUGGAUUAUAAGAUUUCCUAUUAUGACAUACCUGGCCCAGCAAACAGGACAACAGAGCGCCGUCUAGCUAUCAAUUAUGUUCAGGAUAUAGUUGCUUGCUGGUGGCCACUGGUCAGUGAUGAUGCUUGGCCUUGGACUCCGAUUGCUUCUGAAAAGGACAGAGCCAAUCUUCUGCUCCUGGGUUUUGUUCAAGGAGGACUUGAGGUUCUGAGUUCUGUUCGUACAGAAUGGAAUCCACUGGAUGUUUGCUUUGGCACCAAACAACCGUAUCAGGUGUUCACGGUGGAGUGCUCCAUCAGUGUAGACAAGGAGCCCAUGGCUGACAGCUGCAUCUAUGAAUGUGUUCGGAACAAAAUCCAUUGUGUGUCAGUUACCAGAAUACCCCUGAGAUCGAAGGCCAUAAGCUGCUGCAGGGAUGCUACUGAAGACAAACUGAUUCUGGGCUGUGAAGACUCUUCAGUAAUUCUCUAUGAAACCCACCGAGGAGUGACUCUCUUGGCCCAAGCUGAACUUUUGCCUUCAUUAAUAAGCUGCCACCCAAGUGGUGCCAUUCUGCUAGUUGGCAGCAACCAAGGGGAGCUGCAGAUUUUUGAUAUUGCUCUAUCCCCUAUUAACAUCCAGCUCUUGGCUGAAGAUCGCCUACCCAAGGAGACUCUGCAGUUCAAUAAAUUCUUUGAUGUUUCCAGCAGUCUUGUUCAAAUGCAGUGGAUAGCUCCUCCCAUUGUUUCUCAGAAGCCUCAAAGAGGAGACAUCUAUGAUCUCCUCUUUCUCAGGUUCGACAGAGGACCUUUGGGUGUGCUUUGGUUUAAACUUGGUAUUCUCACUCGAGGACAGUUGGGGCUAGUAGAUCUCAUCUUCCAGUACAUCCACUGUGAUGAGAUAUGUGGAGCCAUAAACAUCCUGAGCAGCAUGAACUGGGACACCCUGGGUCAGCAGUGCUUCAUCAGUAUGAGUGCCAUCGUGAACCAUCUCCUCAGACAGAGACUCACGCCAGAGAGAGAAGCACAGCUUGAGGCAAGCCUUGGAACCUUCUAUGCUCCAACAAGACCGCUUCUGGAUACAACUAUUUUGGAAUAUAGAGACCAAAUCAGCAAAUAUGCAAGGAGAUUCUUCCACCACUUGCUCAGGUACCAGAGAUUUGAAAAGGCGUUUCUCUUAGCUGUUGACAUUGGUGCUCGUGACUUGUUUAUGGAUAUUCAUUAUUUUGCCCUAGAUAAGGGUGAGCUGGCACUGGCUGAGGUGGCGAGAAAAAGGGCUGCUGACAUCGACAUAGAGUCGAUAUCUUCUGGAGUUGAACUCCUGGGACCCUUGGACAGAGGGGACAUGCUAAAUGAAGCUUUUGUUGGCCUGUCUUUAACACCUGAAGAUGAUUCAUCUGGUUCAAUGCACAGACAUAGUAUUCAACAGAAAAUACAAAAUGGCUCUUACAACAGAUCAGCGGUUGAGAACAGGAUGGAACAAGAAGCAAGCAUCUGUGCUGGCUCCUUGGUGACUGACACCUGUGAUGCAGAAGGAGAACUGAAAGAAGACUGCAGAGGACAGGACACUGGAGAUGGUGGCUCUCUCAGAAUGGUUCACUUUGGUUUGGUGUAAAUAAUUAGAAACCUCAGAAAGAAACCUGCCUUUUGCACAUGGCCUGAUUCCUUAAAAGUCUUCACGUAUGGACUUUAAUAGAUGGAAGGUAUAUAUAGCACAGCAUAACAAUAAAAAAGUCAUCCUAAAUAGAAAUCCUUAACCUACUUAUGUUCAACAAUGUAUGCAUUUUUUAUUUAUUAUUUUUAUGUGUAUGUGUGUAUUGCCUGCAUGUAGGUAAGUGCACCCAUGAAUGCAAUGCCUGUGGAGGCCAGAA